AAUAAAUUGUCCAAAAAUUCUGUAUUCCAAAUUUGUUCGUUAUUUACCUAUUUAUUCCUUUCAACAAAAAGAGAUUAUUUUUCUAUUUCAAGAGUAUUCUAGACAAUUUUUCCCUAUCAAGUUAAAUGCACCAAGGUUUACCCUUACCUAUAUUGUACCAGCAUGAAAAUGGAGUUGUACUACCUAAUCAAGAUUUCUAUGGUCAAAAUCAACAUUUAUCGGAACAAAUUCAUAAUUUGGAUUUAAGCGAUAGAUUCUUGGAUGAUAUAAUCAAUUACAAUGCGAACGAACUAUUAUCAGACAGACACCUAAAAGUUAACGGAAUUACAACCCAUACCUACGCCGAUCCCAUAGAAUUGAUGUUUCAAAAUACCCAAAAACUUAGGCAAUACGCCCAACAACAAAAAGAAAGAGAAGAGAAAAGUUCGAUGAUCAACCAUCCUACUGGUCAGUAUGCGGCAGCAGAAGAAAAUGCCUAUUACUUUUCGCCCCCGCUUAACAAUGAUAACACUUUGCCUAUAGGAGUUAAUCCAUCCUACCAAUAUAAAUCAACCAAUCAUCACAUUCUGAACAACGCCAAAAAUAAAUUAAAGAGAGGUAUGUCGCUGGAGUGUGAUUGGAAGAAAUUAUCAAUUAUGUUAUUCGUCAGUUCGAUCUUGUGUCUUAUAUUUAUCUCAUAUCUAUUGGCGAUUAGCAUCGGCAAAUUAAAUUGGAAUCUCCAGAAAAAUGCGCGAGGAAUUUUCAACUAUUCCCUUUAUCGCGACUAUUAUUAUUAUAAUUCCAGAGAGAAUUCAGCCGAUUUUAAUCUUAGAGCUACGACUGUUAAUGCCUCAGAGUUUAUAGCUUAUAAUCGUCAAAUUUUGUCAAACGGUUCCCAAAAUGAACAAUUGUUCUUCGAAUAUUACCUCAAAAGCGAGAUUCCUACACUAAAGCUUGAUUCUUACAAUGAGAUAUUGCUCAGACCUCGUCGCUUACACAGCUUUAGGGUAAACAUUCCGGAUGAAAUCUAUGACAUUAAUAAUGAUCUCAAAAAACGUAGACAUGUCAAGGGAAUCCAAAAUAAACUGCCGACCAACCGAUUGCACAUGAAUAUAACGUUGAAAGAUCCCAAUAGCAUGAUUGGUGUAUAUAUAAGGAAAAAUGGCAUGCCUAGUUAUAUCAGGUACGAUCGAUUAGAAAUUCUUCACAACUUGAUAGACGAUAAAGAAAUGUUUACUAAAACUUUGAAGCAGAGGCCAUUCAUUAAUGAUAAAGGGGAAACAACUCUCACAAUUUUUCUAGACGACAUGUACAACUCUAACCUCACUCAAUUAUAUGUGGCCAUUUAUAACGAUGAUCCCAAUUUUGACAAGAAUGUCGGAUUUAUAAUUUCAAAUAUUAUAAAUUUAAAGGAUCAAAAUAUGAUAAAGAAGUGUCCACUGGAUUGUCACGAUAAAGGACUUUGCCAAGAUGGCCUGUGCCAUUGCAACCAAGGAUACUUUGGAUGGGAUUGCGGAAAUGUGGAUUACUGCAAUCCCACAAAUUGUUCUGGUAAUGGUGCUUGCGCUUUAGUCUUGCCGGAUAACGAUUUGAAAGUUAGGAAAUGUUUCUGCCUUCCAGGAUUCACUGGACCAGGGUGCGAAAUUAAGAUUAGAAACAUAGAACGGUCUAGCGAGAUCAACUCCACAAGCAACAAAGAAUGCAUUAAAGAGUGCCGUGAUGGAAAGUGCAAAAGUUGUGAAAAACUGAGUUGUCAUUUGAUGUGCGAUAAGCAUGGGAUGUGUCACAAUGGAGUGUGUCACUGCGAUACUGGUUGGAACGGAAAACUUUGCUCUAUUGACGGGUGUCCAAAUGAAUGCAAUAAAAAUGGUAUAUGUUUAUUCGAUGCCCAAAAUAACGAAAUACCUAAUAGUCAAUCUUCUUUCUGGAAGUGCCAUUGCAAAUUUGGUUGGAGAGGUCGAGAUUGUUUAGUUAAAUAUGAGACGAUGUGCGAUGAUAAUAUAGAUAAUGAUAUGGAUGGCCUGGUGGAUUGUCAAGAUUCGGAAUGUUGUAGAAGCAAGAACUGCAAGAACAGCAUUUUAUGUAAAACGGGACCCGAUCCGAUGGACGUUUUAUUAUCUAAGCAGACCUUGAAACCUGUCAAUACAUUUUAUUCCCGAGUCAAGUUUUUGUUAGAAGAAAAUAGUGUGCAAAUACAAGCCUCAAUACGAGCCUUUUCCGAAAAAAAAGUUAGCGUAGUGAAAGGUAGAAUUGUGGAUUCCUUUGAUCAACCAGUCAUAGGUGUUAGAAUAUCGAUAGACUCAGAAAUAAAAUAUGGUUACACCUUAUCUCGAAUGGAUGGAGAGUUUGAUUAUUUAGUCAACGGGGCCGACGUUAUAACACUUUCCUUUUACAAGGAACCAUUCACUCGCAAAAAAAUGACUCUUUACAUUCCAUACAACGAAUUCUUCUUAAUGAAGCAUAAUGUGGUACUGGAGAUCAAAGAUCUGCUUAAUCUAAAUAAAAAAAUCGAUGGAAAAUGCUCACCCAGCUCUCAUGUAAGUCCAGUUGCCUCUCCUUAUAUAUAUACGAUCCCAUCACCUUUAACUACUUCUAUUAAUACCGUGGACAAUGACAAACCUACUUUAAAUUUAAAUAUCGAACCCCUAACUGGCAUAAACUUAUUAGAACAGAGUAUGUGGCAAGCCUUUCCUUUACCGAAGACUCCAGUAAAAUUAGUGUAUUCCUCUAGAAAAUCUCCCAAUUAUAAGAACGCUAUUUAUAUACAAAUUUUCGAUGAUCAUCAAUACAUACCGGAUAAUCUAAAAUUUGUACACAUAAAGAUUGAUAUUCAAGGUUCUAGACACGAACAUACGUUAGAACCUGAAGCCAACUUAAAUUUCAUUUACCUAUGGGACAAAAAAAAUAUUUACAAGCAGACCGUGUAUGGAUUGGCUAAAGCUACAAUUUACAUAGGUUAUGAAUAUGACUGCGAUAGAAUAAUUUGGUCGUCAUUUAAAAGGACUAUUUUGGGACAGGAUCUUCCUAUAUCGGAAUUAUUUGGAGAGGCUUGGAACUUAGAUGUGCAUCAUAGAUUUGAUUAUUAUCAAAAUAUAUUAUACAAAGGAACCGGCCAAAACAUAUAUCUUUUACGAGAAUUUUCCGCCCCAAAUGUUUAUAAAAAUUCUAAAAGACAAAUUUACCACAAUAAUGAAUACAAAAUUUCGGAUGCAUUCCAAAAAAAUUUUCUUCCUAAAAAUCCGGGUUAUUUAUAUCUAUCAUCACCUCUCGGCAAUUCCAAAGAUAAUUUUGCAAUCAAUCCUACAUAUUACAAUGCAUUUUUAGCGGAAGGAAACGAUAUUUUCCGUUUAAAAUUGUAUAUCCCAUCCAAUGAAGACCAAAUUGACUUUCAAAACAGGCAUCACCCUUUAUAUGAAGAUAAUAUUAGCAAAACAGAAUCCCAAAUGCUUCCGAAAAUUCUUGCCAAAAUACCUAUUUUGUCCUUAAAUCUAUCAUCGUUCGAUUCAAAUAUCAUUAAUACAAAUAGUAAUGUAAAUUACAGAAUGGUUAUAAAUCCUAAAAACGGGGAUAUUUAUGUGUCAUUAGCAGAUGCAUACAGAAUUAUUAAAAUCAAAAACAGUUUCUUGCCUUCUCUGGAUAGUUCUACUAUCGGUAAUAAAUACAUAGAUAAAAAUUGGGAAAUAAUCGCGGGAGAUGGAACACCAUGUUUAGAUAGUAUAAUGAAUUGUGGUGAUAAUAUUGAAGCCAAGAACUCAAAGUUGCUUAAACCUUCAAGUAUGACAUUGAAUAUAGCAGAAGGCAUACUCUACUUUAUGGACCGGAAUAAUCUGAGAGCAUUGAAACUUAAGACAGGAAUAUUGUCAACUUUGAUCAGUAAUGAUGCACAAAAUUUUAAAUGGAAAAACUACAAUAAUAGAUUGCAUUGCAAUGAAAGCGCCUUAUUUAAAGAGAUAUCAUUCGAUUCAAUAAUAGACAUUAUCUACAACAUAGUGGAAGAAACUCUGUACGUCUUAAAUAAUUACGAUUCCCUUUACAAAUUAGACUUGAUCAAUAAAGUUGUUUUUCCAAUUAUAGUCCCCUCGGCAAACAAUCGCGUAAAUAUAAAAGGAACUAUAGGCGAAAUUUGUUCGAAUAAAAUUGAUAAUUUAUCCGAAUCAAAAUUGGAAGGAAGAAUAUGUGGAAUUACUGUAUCAAAUAACGAUGGAGAUCUCCAUUUUGCACUAACAAGCGAGUCACAAAAUGAUGAUCGAGGAGGGGAAUUAACAGUCUAUAAAAUGACACCUUCCUCAUCCGAGGGCCCAGUAAAGAUUGUAUUUCGUAAAAAAUAUUCAAAAAAUAUUGACAAUAGAAUUCAAAUGUCGUUCAAUUCCGACAAUUCCUACCUCUUUUUGACAGAUGCGCAAAGUUCAUCUUUACAAGCUAUUCCUAUUGGAUUACUGUCCAUCAUUACCAGUUCUCCUGCCAUAACAUAUUCCCAAACAAAUACAAAUAGAGAUUUUUACUACUCUGAUGAGUCAACACAAGAAAUCAUAACGGACAAAGUUGCCUAUACUAUUAACGAUUAUGAUAAAUAUGAAACUUACAGUUUCGACCGGUUUGGAAAUCAUUUGGAGACUAAAGACUAUACGAGCAAAGUGUUAAAGGUCAAAUUUUCGUAUGCUCCCAAAAAUUCUAUAUUAGGCAAACUCGAUGGUUUAGAAUUGUAUCAAUCGACCAAUUCCUAUAAACAUGAAUAUGUCAGUCUUAAAUUCGUGCCAGCAGGGUCUAAUGGGGCUCUUACAACGUAUUACAACAUUUACAAUAACAAUAAAAUGAUCAAAUAUAUUGAUAUAUACUUCUAUUCUUCCGAUCGUAACCCAAUUAAGGCGUUAAAUAUGAUAGAAGGUAAUACUAGGCGAACCACGGUUCGAUGCCAAAUUGAUAAAGAAGCUAUUGAUUCAAGCCUCAUUUCGUCCCUUCAUUGUAAAGAAGGGGUAGACAGUUUGGGAAAGGAUAUUAUGAAAGCACAAUUUAGUUAUACUGAGCUAAAUACAAAAGAUGUAGGCAGAGCUAAAUAUCACAAAGUCAAUUCGCUGAAGAUGAUAGAAUCCGUGUCCAUGAAUGCGGGAGGUCACGGGUUUAGCAAUAAUCGAAAAACUGCGAUCAAGGAUUUGAAUAGGUCUUAUAUGAAGCAAAGGAUGAAAUAUAAAACAUCAGAUGAUUAUAAAAUUAAUCGUAUCACGUACGAUAAGUUUUCGGGCUAUGUAACCUCAAUUUCAUUUUCCGCGACUAAAGGGAAUAUUACCAAAUACCUUAUCAAUGCUGAUAACUUACAAAAAUUAUCUCGAGUAACCGGAUAUCAUAUAAAUAUAUACAAAGCUACGAUACCGUUUGAAGAUGAUCUUAAAAAAGAAAACAUGAAAAAUGACGUUGAACAAACGGUUUUGCUAAAUAUAUAUCUUAGAGAUCAAUCAGCCACAUUCGUCAACGUUCAGAACAAAUCGCAAAAAACGUAUGAAAUAACGCAUAAUUAUUCUUCCAUAUACAAAAGCUUGGAUUUAUGAUAAGAAAAUGUAUUUUUUG